UGGACCGCAAAGACAACCAUGUCUCACCGUAAAUUCCAUGCCCCGCGUCACGGCCACAUGGGCUUCCUGCCCCGUAAACGGAGUAAGAGGCAUCGUGGGAAGGUACGCAGCUGGCCCAAAGACGACCCCAAACAGCCUGUACACCUCACAGCGUUUCUGGGCUACAAAGCUGGCAUGACCCACACACUGAGGGAGGUGCAUCGCACCGGCAUGAAGGUAACAAAGCGAGAGGAGGUGGAGGCAGUCACUAUUAUCGAGACUCCUCCUCUGAUCGUGGUGGGAGUGGUGGGCUACAUCAGCGCGCUGAAGGGUCUGCGCAAUUUCAAGACCAUCUUUGCUGAGCACAUUAGUGAUGAGUGCAAGCGUCGAUUCUACAAAAACUGGUACAAGAGCAAGAAGAAGGCAUUCACUAAAUACUGCAAGAAGUGGCAGGAUGAAACAGGCAAAAAGCAGCUGGAGAAGGACUUCGCCCUGAUGAAGAAAUACUGUUCUGUGAUUAGAGUUAUUGUCCAUUCUCAGAUGCGCUUGCUACCCCUGAGGCAGAAGAAGGCCCACAUCAUGGAGAUACAGCUGAAUGGUGGCACGAUUGCAGAGAAGGUGGACUGGGCCAGAGAGCGACUGGAGCAGCCCGUGCCCGUGUCCUCAGUCUUCUACCAGGACGAGAUGAUUGAUGUGAUAGGGGUCACCAAAGGCCAUGGCGUGAGAGGGGUAACGAGCCGCUGGCAUACCAAGAAGCUUCCAAGGAAAACUCAUAAGGGCCUGAGGAAGGUGGCCUGCAUAGGAGCCUGGCAUCCAGCCCGUGUGGGCUACACCGUUGCCCGCGCUGGCCAGAAAGGCUACCACCACCGCACAGAGCUUAACAAAAAGAUCUACCGUAUUGGAAAAGGGGUUCAUGUCCAGGAUGGCAAAGUGGUUCGCAACAAUGCCUCAACUAACUAUGACACAACCCAGAAGACUAUCACUCCUCUGGGAGGCUUCCCACGUUACGGAGAGGUGAACAAUGACUUUGUGAUGCUGAAAGGUUGCGUGGUUGGAGCAAAGAAACGAGUGCUUACUCUCAGAAAGUCCCUGCUUGUGCAAACCACACGCAAAGCCAAGGAGGCCACUGAGCUCAAAUUCAUCGACACCACCUCCAAGUUUGGCCAUGGUCGUUUCCAGACGGCUCAGGAGAAGUUUGCCUUCAUGGGCCCUCAGAAGAAACACCUGCUGAAGAAAGCACCUGAGCCUGUCUCUGAGGAGCCCAUGUGAGGGGCAGUGUUCUCUUAACUAAUAAGCACAUAUUCAAAAAUAAAAGGCCUUUCGGAAUUUC